AAGGUAGGCUUGCAAAGGGUCAGAAGGAACCACAUGUAAUAUGAGACCAGCGUUUAGAGGACCCAGCAGUGUUCAGGACAGUGCUGUCUGAGGAGCUGAUGAGAACAUCACCACUGCCCUCUACUGGUACAAAAAGUAGGUGGCGCUGCUGCACUUCAUAAAGUUGGUCGCAAUCUGCCAUUGAAAGCAAAAGAAGAGUGUUCCUAUGCUCAAUGUAAAGUUGUUUCUCAGGCUGGAGAUCUCCUAUUGGCCAAUCAGACUUGAUCAUGGGUGGAUACUAGACAGAGGAGACAAUUUGAAGGCUCCAGAGAGACUCAACCAGAGAGAGCAGUAACCAGAGAUAAACAAGCUUCUAGACACCAGACAGAACCCAGAGAGACCAGACAGAGAACAAAGAGAGCCCUGAGUUAUGGAGACACAUCAGUGUGACACCUGUGGGAAGAGCCUUUCCUCAUCCAGUAGCCUCAAGCAGCACAUGAUGAUCCACUCUGGAGAGAAGCCCUACAUCUGUGACCUCUGUGGUAAAACCUUUAGCCAUGUUGCCAACUUAAGAGCUCACAGCAGGGUCCACACUGGGGAGAAGCCCUACAGCUGUGACCUCUGUGGGAAAACUUUUAGCCGGGCUUGCCAUUUUAAAGUUCACAGCAAGAUCCACACAGGAGAGAAGCCCUACAGCUGUGACCUCUGUGGUAAAACCUUUAGCCAGGCUGGUGGUGCCAAACUUCACAGCAGGAUCCACACUGGGGAGAAGCCCUACAGCUGUAACCUCUGUGGUCAAACCUUUGGCCGGCUUGACUGUUUAAAAGUUCACCGCAGGAUCCACGCUGGAAAGAAGCCCUACAACUGUGACCUCUGUGGUAAAACCUUUACCCAGUCUGGCAGUUUAAGAGCUCACAGCAGGAUCCACACUGGAGAGAAGCCCUACAGCUGUGACCUCUGUGGGAAAACUUUUAGCCGGGCUUGCCAUUUCAAAGUUCACAGCAAGAUCCACACUGGAGAAAAGCCUUACAGCUGUAACCUCUGUGGUCAAACCUUUGGCCGGCUUGACUGUUUAAAAGUUCACCACAGGAUCCACGCUGGAAAGAAGCCCUACAGCUGUGACCUCUGUGGUAAAACCUUUAGCCAGUCUGGCAGUUUAAGAGCUCACAGCAGGAUCCACACUGGAGAGAAACCCUACAGCUGUGACAUCUGUGGUCAAACCUUUGGCCGGCUCUACUGUUUCAGAAUUCACAGCAAGAUCCACACAGGAAAGAAGCCCUAUAACUGUGACAUCUGUGAUGCAACCUUCUUCUCCACUGGUGAUUUGAAGAAGCACAGCAGGACCCACACAGGAGAGAAGCCCUACAGAUGUGACGUCUGUGGUAAAACCUUUAGCCGUACCACUAAUCUCAGCAGUCACCGCAGGAUCCACACUGGAGAGAAGCCCUACAGCUGCCCACACUGUGACUAUUCAUGUAAAACAAAUAGCAAUCUGAAGAGGCACCUGCGUAUCCACAAUAAAAAAACUAACCAAAGCAGUGAUGUCUGGGGCCAAGCUGUCCCAGCAGUCACCACCUGAGAGAACUUCUAUAUGACCCACAGCUGGAAGAACUACUGGCCUACACCUACUGGGACAGGACAUGCAGUAACACCAUAUCUACAAUCCAACAUGACAGCACACGCAGUAACACCAGAUCUACAAUCCAACAUGACAGCACAUGCAGUAACACCAGAUCUACAGUCCAACAUGACAGCACAUGCAGAACACCAGAUCUACAGUCCAACAUGACAGCACAUGAUGCAGUAACACCAGAUCUACAGUCCAACAUGACAGCACAUGCAGUAACACCAGAUCUACAGUCCAACAUGACAGCACAUGCAGUAACACCAGAUAUACAGUCCAACAUGACAGCACAUGCAGUAACACCAGAUCUACAGUCCAACAUGACAGGACACAGGAAAGAUAAUCUACCCCUGUAAUGAUGGAGGGGAAGCUGUGUCAGACUGGGUAGAAACCUGGUCAACUCUGGCUGACAUUUUUCUGUUUUGAAGCACACAUUAGUACCAUCAAUAUUAUAUUAGGGUUUCCUUGUUGUUUUGUAUCCAUUUGUUGGUAAAAAAAAAUUGUUUGUUAUUGUUUUAAUUAGAAGACCUCUUGAGGGACAUGCCUUUGUUCUUAACACCUUGAAACUAAAUCUGUAUUUUAACCCUCGUGCUGCCUUCGGGUCACAUGACCCAAAGGUUCAUAACGAACCAUCGUUGUGUUUACCCAAUUUUACCCAAUACAAAAACAAAUAAAAAAAUAAUUUUCUUUUAACCUUGGCAAUGUGGGGGGUCUGAGACAGCCCAACGGUUAAAAGAAAAUGCUUCACUUUGUUUUUGUAUGCGGUAAAGUUGUCGCAAUACGACGGUGGGUCACAAUGACUGAUGGGUCAGAACGACCCGAAGAUAACACAAGGGUUAAGGAAACAAUACUUAGUAGGUCUGAAGAAGACGGAUCAUUGUGUCAAUAUUUGUUGAAGGAUUGUUUGGAAUUUUACCUUUCGCCCCUCUAGGCCUUGGAAAGACCUGUUACAAUCCAGGUGCACAACAUUUUAUUUGAAAAAGAGUUGACAUACAUUGCAUGCUUAUUAAAAGCACAGACAGGACAGGACGGGCAGAGGAGAGGACGGGCAGGACAAAGAAGACCUAUGAUCUGAUGUGGAAUACCAUGCCCCUCUAGUCAUCCGAGUGUCUGCUCACAUGUUUCUCAUACAAUAAGGGAUGAUCACACGCAGCAGAAGCUAACCCAGACCCCACCCUUUCACCCAUUAAUCCAGACCCCACCCUUUCACCCAUUAAUCCAGACCCCACCCUUUCACCCAUUAAUCCAGACCCCACCCUUUCACCCAUUAAUCCAGACCCCACCCUUUCACCCGUUAAUCCAGACCCCACCCUUUCACCCGUUAAUCCAGACCCCACCCUUUCACCUGUUAAUCCAGACCCCACCCUUUCACCCAUUAAUCCAGACCCCACCCUUUCACCCGUUAAUCCAGACCCCACCCUUUCACCUGUUAAUCCAGACCCCACCCUUUCACCCGUGAAUCCAGACCCCACCCUUUCACCUGUUAAUCCAGACCCCACCCUUUUACCCGUGAAUCCAGACCCCACCCUUUUACCCGUGAAUCCAGACCCCACCCUUUCACCCGUGAAUCCAGACCCCACCCUUUUACCCGUGAAUCCAGACCCCACCCUUUCACCUGUUAAUCCAGACCCCACCCUUUCACCCGGCUGCAAACAGUGUGGCCAGAGGAUGCUGCGGUCCACUGGGCACAGCAUAUUCCAGAGGUCAAAGAAAACUUUCUGUGCCACCACAGCAGGCAUCACUGUGCCACCACUUCCCUGAAAGUUUUUUAUUAUUGUAUAUAGUUCAUACUGUUGUGUUUUUGUGAUAGAUAAACCUUGAGAAUGAUUCAA